AUGUGCUCGCUGCCUGUGCCCCGGGAGCCCCUGCGCCGCGUUGCCGUGACCGGGGGCACCCAUGGGAAUGGAGCCAAUGAGAUGUCUGGCGUCUACCUGGCCCGUCACUGGCUGCGGGCCCCGGGAGAGCUGCAGAGACUCAGCUUCUCCGCCGUGCCUGUGCUGGCCAACCCGGCGGCCACAGCCACCUGCCGGUGCUACACAGGCCGCGACCUCAACCAUUUCACCAGCCCCUUCCUCAUAACUAGGCCCACCCCCGGUGACCCAUUCGAGGUGACAACAACCCGAGAGCUGAAUCAGCUGCUGGGGCCCAAAGCCUCGCGCCGGGCCUUUGACCUGCACAACACCACAGCCAACACGGGCACCUGUCUCAUCACGGAAGCCAUCCACAGCGUCUUUGCCAUGCACCUGUGCCACCACCUACAGGGGGCCCAACUGCAGAGCCCCGAGCUUCCCUGCCGGGUCUUCCUGCACCAGCAGUCCUGGAAGGAGUGCUACACGGUGGCCUCGGGGGCCAAGAACGGCGCGGCCCUGGAGCUGGGCACUCAGCCUCAGGGCGUGCUGCGAGCCGACCUUUCCUCCCGGAUGAGGGCCCUGGUGGCCGCAGCUCUGGACUUCAUCGAGCUCUUCAUCCCGGGCACGGCCUUUCCUGCCUUUGAGGUGGAAGCCCACAGAAACAUCCGUGUCGUGGACUUCCCACGGCCCGAGGACGGGGACCUGCCAGGCACUGUGCAUCCUCAGCUGCAGGACCGAGACUUCGAGCCACUGCAGCCUGAGGCUCCCAUCUUCCAGAUGUUCAGCGGUGAAGGCGUGCUCUACAAGGGGGAGUCCAUCAUGUACCCUGUGUUCAUUAAUGAGGCUGCCUAUUACGAGAAGGGCAUUGCCUUUCUCCAGACUGAGAAGCUCACAUUCUCUGUGCCUGCCUUGCCCACGCUGCCCCCUGCCCUCACCGCAGUUCCCUAA